UUGGGAGAGGAGAGGAGUGAGGACGACGUGAGGAUCUCCUCAACUCGCUCCACUCAAGAGUGAAGAAGAGGAGGGAGGAGGGAGGAAUAGACUGCAACCACUCGCUUGCGCCCCCCCCCCCCCCGCCCUCUCUCUCACUCUCUCUCUCUUUUCUUCUUGAUCCUCUCUUCUUCUCAUCUUGCCAAUGACACCAUGAACCUGCCUGCCGCUUGUUGCUAAGGGGGGAGCCACGCCGGCGGAAGGGAGCGCAGUGGACAGGACCGGACCGCUCUUCGCGUUCCAAGGUGUGAGUGAAGAUGGCAGAAGGCUCCAAAGAGCGCGUUCUCGUGGACAUCACAGAUCCAGAUGAGGACUCUCCAAACAUGAUCAUCUACAGAAAGAUUGAGGACAUUGUCACAAGAAUACAAGAUGAGAACGCGGGAGGUGUCGCCAUCCGGACUGUCAAAAGCUUCCUGUCCAAGAUCCCCAGUGUGGUAUCAGGGGCGGACAUUGUUCAGUGGCUGAUGAAAAACCUGUCUAUAGACGAUCCAGCUGAGGCCAUCCACUUGGGAAGUCUGAUUGCUGCUCACGGCUACAUCUUCCCAAUCUCUGACCACGUCCUCGCGCUCAAAGAUGACGGCACUCUUUACCGCUUUCAGUCUCCAUACUUCUGGCCUUCAAACUGCUGGGAGCCUGAGAACACAGACUAUGCCAUCUACCUGUGCAAGCGCACGAUGCAGAACAAGGCCAGGCUGGAGUUAGCUGACUAUGAGGCUUGGUUGACAAUCGCCGUCGUAGUCAAAGCAAGAAACGAAUGCAUCAUUGAAUUAUCCAUUUCCAAGGAGAAUCUUUCCCGGCUGCAGAGGGCUUUCGCCAGGAAGUGGGAGUUCAUCUUCAUGCAGGCUGAAGCUCAAGUGAAAAUCGACAGAAAGAAGGACAAGGUGGACAGGAAGGUCCUGGAUAGCCAAGAGAGGGCCUUCUGGGAUGUCCAUCGACCAGUGCCAGGCUGCGUCAACAUGACUGAUAUGGACAUCCGCAAGUGUCGCAGAGAGAAGAACCCACACAGGGUGAAAAAGUCAGUCUACGGAGUGCCAGAUGACAGCCAAAGCCAACCGAGUCCAGUCCACAUCAGCUCUCCGCCAGCCAGAAAGCUCACCCAAGAGGACGUUGAGAAGGAGAUCACCUUCCUCAACAUCCAACUGGGCCGACACUGCAUGAAGGUUUCCAAAGUGGCCGACAGUCUGAUGGGGUACACGGAGCAAUUCAUGGAGUACGACCCACUGGUGUCUGCUAUCGAGCCCUCCAACCCCUGGAUCGGCGACGACACCUCCUUCUGGGACGUGGAGGCAAGUCAUGACCCGACCCAACAGAGAGUGAAGAAGUGGGGCUUCUCCUUGGAGGAAGCUCUUAAAGACCCAGCAGGAAGAGACCAGUUCCUGAAGUUCCUGGAGUCUGAGUUCAGCUCGGAGAACUUGCGGUUUUGGUUGGCAGUGCAGGAUCUGAAGCGUCAGCCGCUGCAGGACGUCCCCUCCAGGGCGCAGGAGAUCUGGCAGGAGUUUCUAGCCGAGGGAGCGCCGAGCUCAGUCAACCUGGACUCUCACAGCUAUGAGCGCGCCAGCCAAAACCUGAAAGACCCCGGGCGCUACAGCUUUGAGGAUGCUCAGGAGCACAUAUUCACACUCAUGAAAAGUGACAGCUAUGCACGCUUUUUGCGAUCCAGCAUCUACCAAGACCUCCUGUUUGCCAGAAAGAAGCAACAACCUGCAGACCCCGAACAAGGCCGCCGCACCUCCUUGGAGAAGUUCACCCGCAGUGUGGGCAAGUCAUUGACGGGCAAACGUCUAUCAGGCCUGAUGCAGUCAUCCUGACACACUUCUGUUUGCGGGAGGAGCAGUGAGCCCCCCAAGAGGGGCGACCACAAGGAACAGGGCUGGUCGUCGGCACACAACCGGCACCGUUCCGCUCACACGGCACUGAGCCUGCUGGGACAUGGACUCCAAGACCAGACACGGUGACUGGAAGUGAGCGCUGACAGGAGGGGAAGUGACGUGUCAACGCAGCCUCCUUACACAAUGGGUUGUUUGUUGGAUAAGCUAAUACAUUUAUAUUUUUUAUCAAUGUAUACUGUGUACGUCUGUCUCAUUAAAAGCACAUUUGGGAAAAUAAAUGAUAAAAGUUU